GUCCCGUAGUAGUUGCCUUGCCAGUUGACACGGGUGAAAGGAGAUUAUUCGAUGACUCCCCAGCAAACACGUAAUUUCAUCAUUCGCCAUAUCCUCACCCUUCACCCCCAACUGCAUAAUUUUUACACUUGCUUCUAAGAUUCCCACUCCGCCCACAACCUCAGAGCCUCCUCCUGGAACUUGGGUCUUUCCUCUUUCUUCCGAUUUUGCGUUCUUUCUGAGAUAUGGAUUCGUCAUCAGCAUGUCUGAUAGGACGUGGUUCUUCCCACUGUGCUAAACUAAAAUUCUGCAAAGAUUUCUAUGGUGUGAAUAUUGUCCCUUCUCCUACUCUUCUUUCGUUGAGUAAGGUUAGCAGAGCAGCUAUAGUAAGGGCAUCUCUGGGACAUGGGAAACAUGAAGGAAGACGAGGGUUUCUAAAGUUGGUUGGAAAUGUGGGAUUUGGUGUUCCUGCUCUACUGGGAAGUGGGAGGGCUAAUGCUGAAGAACAAGGGGUUUCUUCAUCAAGGAUGUCUUAUUCUAGAUUCUUGGAGUAUUUGGACAAGGAUAGAGUGACAAGAGUGGACCUGUACGAGAAUGGAACUAUAGCUAUUGUUGAAGCUAUCUCCCCGGAAUUGGGGAAUCGGUUGCAGCGAGUUCGUGUUCAACUUCCAGGUCUGAGUCAGGAGCUUCUUCAGAAGCUCAGGGAGAAAAACAUAGACUUUGCAGCUCAUAAUGCUCAAGAAGAAUCUGGUUCUGCUUUAUUCAACUUGAUUGGGAACCUAGCUUUUCCACUGAUCUUGAUUGGGGGGCUAUUUUUACUCUCAAGGCGUUCAUCUGGGGGAAUGGGUGGUCCUGGUGGGCCAGGGUUUCCCCUUGGCAUUGGCCAGUCAAAAGCUAAGUUUCAAAUGGAGCCAAACACUGGAGUGAAUUUUGAUGAUGUGGCUGGUGUUGAUGAAGCGAAACAGGACUUCAUGGAGGUCGUAGAGUUUUUGAAGAAGCCUGAGAGGUUUACUGCAGUUGGAGCUCGGAUUCCUAAAGGUGUUCUUCUUAUUGGUCCUCCUGGAACUGGUAAGACUCUGCUGGCAAAAGCAAUUGCUGGUGAAGCUGGUGUUCCAUUUUUCUCCAUAUCAGGUUCUGAGUUUGUUGAGAUGUUUGUUGGUGUUGGUGCAUCUCGAGUUCGCGACCUAUUCAAGAAGGCCAAAGAGAAUGCUCCUUGCAUUGUGUUUGUUGAUGAAAUUGAUGCGGUCGGGCGACAAAGAGGAGCUGGGAUUGGUGGAGGGAAUGAUGAAAGAGAACAGACACUCAACCAACUUUUAACCGAAAUGGAUGGUUUCGAGGGUAAUACCGGUAUCAUUGUAAUUGCUGCCACCAACAGGGCAGAUAUUCUCGACUCUGCCUUACUAAGACCCGGACGUUUUGACAGACAAGUAACAGUUGAUGUCCCAGACAUACGGGGAAGAACAGAUAUUUUAAAAGUUCAUGCUAGCAAUAAGAAGUUUGAUACUGAUGUUUCUCUUGAUGUCAUUGCAAUGAGAACACCUGGUUUUAGUGGAGCUGAUCUUGCAAAUCUCUUAAACGAGGCCGCCAUACUCGCUGGUCGGCGUGGGAAGACUGCAAUUUCAUCUAAAGAGAUUGAUGAUUCGAUUGAUAGGAUCGUAGCUGGAAUGGAAGGAACGAUAAUGACAGAUGGGAAGAGUAAAAGUCUUGUGGCAUAUCAUGAAGUUGGGCAUGCCAUUUGUGGGACUCUGACUCCAGGACAUGAUGCUGUUCAAAAAGUUACCUUAGUUCCUCGUGGGCAAGCACGGGGUCUGACAUGGUUUAUUCCUGCAGAUGAUCCGACCUUGAUUUCCAAGCAGCAGCUCUUUGCAAGAAUUGUCGGUGGACUUGGUGGUAGAGCUGCAGAGGAAGUCAUAUUCGGCGAGCCCGAGGUGACCACUGGUGCAGUUGGCGAUUUGCAGCAGAUUACUGGUUUGGCAAAACAGAUGGUAACCACAUUUGGGAUGUCUGAAAUUGGACCAUGGUCACUUAUGGACCCAUCAGCUCAGAGUGCUGAUGUCAUUAUGAGAAUGAUGGCGAGGAAUUCGAUGUCGGAGAAGCUCGCCGAAGAUAUAGACAUGGCAAUCAAGAGGAUAUCAGAUGAAGCUUAUGAAAUUGCAUUAGCCCAUAUUAGGAACAACCGUGAGGCCAUUGACAAGAUAGUGGAAAUCCUACUCGAGAAGGAAACCAUGUCUGGAGAUGAAUUCCGAGCUAUUCUCUCGGAGUUCGUCGAAAUCCCAGUUGAAAAUCGGGUUCCUCCUCCAGCACCCGCACCAGUUUCAGCUUAGAAAAUAAAACAUAGUGUAAUGUCCAUCAAACUUAAAUUAUUAUACUUCUCAAAUUAGCUGUAUAUGAUUUCUGUGAGCAUAAUCCAUGUGAGUAGUAAUUCUUUAGUUCCACAAAUUACAGAAAUUCUACAAUUUGACUGAA